AAGCCAGGUACAGGGAGCGGCCUCGAGGGAGAUGUAGAACGGGCUUCAGCGCAUCACUCCCGGACUGAGAUACGUGCCGGCCGGGGCAGUGAGGAAAGUGAUGGAGUGUGGUCUGGACAGGUUCUUCACCUGGGAGGAGGUGCAGAAGCACUGUACCCGCAACGAUCGCUGGCUGGUGAUCCACAGAAAGAUCUAUGAUAUCUCGGAGUUCAGCAAAAGGCACCCGGGAGGCGCCCGAGUAAUCGGGCACUACGCUGGGCAGGACGCUACGGAUCCCUUCACUGCCUUCCACAUUGAUAAGACACUGGUGAGCAAGUAUCUGAACUCGCUGUUGAUUGGAGAGCUUGCUCCUGACCAGCCCAGCUUGGAAUCUUGGAAAAGUAAACUGAUAACAGAGGAUUUCCAGGAGCUGCGUGCACUUGUGGAAAAGACGAAUCUCCUCAAGCCAAACAAGCUGUUCUUUGCUGGAAUGCUAGCACACCUACUACUCCUUGAUGCUGCGGCCUGGCUCACUCUAUGGUAUUUUGGUGCAUCCUUUGUCCCCUUUAUGAUCAGCACAGCUCUUCUGGCCAUUGUGCAGGCACAGGGUGGUUGGCUACAGCAUGACUUUGGGCACCUAUCAGUGUUUAGCAAAUCCAAGUGGAACCAUAUUGUUCACAAAUUUAUCAUUGGUCACCUGAAAGGUGCCCCAGCCAGCUGGUGGAACCACCUCCACUUUCAGCAUCAUGCCAAGCCCAACUGCUUCCGCAAAGACCCUGACAUCAACAUGCAUCCCAUCUUCUUUGUCUUGGGAAAGAAGCUCCCAAUUGAGGUGGGGAUACAGAAGAAGAAGUAUAUGCCAUACCAAUACCAACACAAGUAUUUCUUCCUGAUUGGACCUCCAGCACUACUUCCCCUCUACUUCCAAUGGUACAUCUUUUACUUCGCUGUGCAACGAAAGCAGUGGGUGGACUUGGCCUGGAUGGUGUCUUUCUACAUUCGUAUCAGCUUGACUUACAUCCCACUGCUUGGCAUUCAAGGUUUUCUGUUAAUGUUCUUUCUAGUGAGAUUUAUGGAAAGUAAUUGGUUUGUGUGGGUGACUCAGAUGAACCACAUUCCCAUGAUAAUUGACCAUGAUCAGAAAGAGGAUUGGCUGACCAUGCAGUUGCAUGCUACUUGUAACGUCCAUCAGUCUGUCUUCAAUGACUGGUUCACAGGUCACCUCAACUUCCAGAUUGAACAUCACCUGUUUCCUACGAUGCCAAGGCACAACUUGCACAAGGUGGCACCAUUGGUAAGGUCACUGUGUGCCAAACAUGGCCUAGAAUACCAGUCCAAGCCUUUAUUCACUGCCUUUGCAGACAUAGUACACUCCUUGAAAGAUUCUGGGGAGCUCUGGUUGGACGCUUAUCUACACAAGUGAUUGGUCACAGCAAGCAACUAACCGCACACUCAAACAGUUGCUGCCUUGCAGAUAUGAAAACCAGUGCCCGAAAGAGCUGCUGCCAUUUUGUAGACAUUGUGCCAGGAACCACAGAAAAAAUGUUGUUAACUCUAGUGGGAUGUGAUUAUGGUUGAAGGAACUGAGCUAUUAUCAAUAAGAAUACAAAUGUAAUUCAAUAUGCUACAAGUUUGGGAAUUAGUUUUGUGCUUAGCAAAGGAUUCUAGUGCUGGAGACUAGAACAUCUUCCAUUCCAGUGUUUGAUUUUUACACCCUGAAGGGGUUGGGCCUAGUAAUUUAUGUUACUGGCCUGCGUGUUAAAUUACCAGCUCCACCUUACCUAGGCCAUUUUCCUGGAGGUCAGACAGGAAUAGGGGGUGGUAUCAGCAUGGUAGCAUCUUGUCAAACUGCAGAGUAGGUGCCAGGCAGGCUAUGUGCUUUCCAGCCUGCCUGACUGACUUCUGUGACAGAGGGACUCCUGCUCUGUAAUGGUGGUCUAGUUGCCAAAGACAUUUUUUUUAUUUGAAUGUUUAAAAUGUGUGCCUCCACCUUUUGCAUCCUCUCUCUUACCUGAAAUGCCAGCCUGCUGCUGCUUCAGUGCUGAAUUGGUUCACCAUUUUCAAGAGCCCUUAAUUGACCGUAGGCCUCCCUUCUGGGUCAUUAAUCAAUCAGUUAGGGGAAAAUCACUGCCUAGGGUUACUCCCCACAUAGUGUCGGCUUUUGAUUUCCCCCAUUUGACCGUGACACCAGUAUCCUGAAGCUAGUGGAGAAAAUCCCAGCUCAGGGUCACUGCCGAGCUCUGUCGGGUCACUUAUAACAUGAUUAGAUGGAUAGCAAAGUCCGCUACACUCUUCCCAGCAGUGUACUUCAUCCACAGUGUCAGAAAUAUACUGUCCGCUCUGCCAAGAUUAUACAUUCCCAUCUCGCAUUUUGUGCUGCAGGUGCAAACUGGAUUGAAAUUGUAUUUGUUCCAAAACUCAUUCAGCCAGUAGCAGCAGCAUCCUUUCAUCCAAAAUACCAGAGGUGCAGCAAGGUGUUUCCACACUCUGCAGCAGCCACUUCUCUUUUCAGUUAUCACUUGAUAAUUAUUCAAACAAACUAAUGUAUUUCUUGUACUGGUUAUUUUAAGUCAGUGCCUCAAUUAAAAAUGGACAGAGCAACAUGAUCAAAUAUUAAUUCACUGCCCACUAACAGAACAGCAAUAACCUUUAGGCUUAUAUAUGAUUUCUGGUUUUGUGGUCAGUGAUUGAUUGUAACAGUCUGUCUAUGCAAUGGUAUUGUAUUAUAAUUGAUGGUGGAAUCCACCAAUAAUAGGGACUGCUGCAUUCACCAAUGGGCUGCAUGCUAUACGUCUGCUAGCUUAUCAAUAUUUCAAGGUAGGUGUGAGAAUGCCGUGGAACUUCUGCUUGUUUAUUGACAGCAAGAAGUAAUCUUAAACUAAGGUGGCUCAGGGUCAUCAUUCAACAGCAUCCAUGACAUGGAGCAUUCAUUCCAGUUUGUGGAGGAUAUGGAGAAGUGAAAGUGGGGGUAUCCAGUAGUACAGUUAUUACAAGGAAGAUUGUGUUCUUUAUUUUUUCCAAGCCAGGGUGAUAAUUGUUAGAAAUUUGGAUUCUCACUUAACUCCAGUGUUAAUUUUGUGUAGUCAAUCUUCACCCUAACCAGUGAGUGACUGAGUUGCACAGAACAGGAAAGCUGCAGGUUCAAUAUUUAGCUCAGUGGAAUCAGCGAGUUCCAUUGUGGAUAACAGUGGGAGCAGAGCAAUUGGUGCCAGUACUCCUGUUGACAGAAAGGGAAGAGAAUUGGCACUUAUUCAUAAUUGCUAACUACUGACCCUUUCAGGAAAGUGCCUGUACUAGAGAGGGAUUGGAUCAGUUUCUCAACAUACGAGUCCCCUAUGGCUAAAUAACUAGUUAAUAUUCAUUCAGAGAUUCAUAGAAGAAAUAUGAGCAGGUGGUGCACGGCCCACUGGGCAUCAGUAUUACAAUGUAAACAGAGAUGUUAGCUGUUGCAAUUAAUUUCUAAUGUAGACACAUUAGGAAUGCAUACAUGCACAACUGAUCACACACAAUCUCUGUAUAUUUGUAGAUCCAUAUACAGGUCGUUCUGCUAUAAUGCGUGUUUCGUUAAUGAAAAUUCGCUGUAACACAAUUGAUGAAUUGGGAACA